AUGACAGCGAGACAGUUCAAGGCCCUAAAUUCCAAGUUGGAUUCUUUACUUGAGUUCACCAAAGCCUCUUCCAUCAACGGAUAUCCCAGGCUUCUGUCAAAGCUCACUUUCACCAACAACGCUAUUGCUCAUUCCAAAAAGACAUGUACGGAUACGACCGAAAAAGUCGAUAAACUACUUUCUGACAUUAAAACCUUUAUGGAGGAUUUCCGCUCUUCUUCCGAGCGCAAUACUGCAUCUGUGAACACAGCUAUAAACAGUCUUGUGUCAACUCUGCAAUCCAAAAAGGCGGCUCUUACGAAGGUUCACACUGAGCUUCAAACUAAUCAUUCGGAGUUCCAAACUUCCAUCUCCUCUAAAAUUGAAAAACUUUGA